ACACUGUCAUUUGUAGGUUUUUUAUUAGUAUAUUUUUCGAUUUUUGCUACAAUCAAUCAAACACUCUGAAAGCAAAAAUAAAAUCAAACGCAGUGUCUGAGACCCUCAUCAUCGCCAUUUUUUUUUUUUUUUUUGGGUAGAACAUCAGCGCCAUUAUGUGAACCAGAUCCACACUCUCAACUUCGAUUCGAAGAACCUCUUUGGUCUCUCUCUCGCAAUAAACAAAUCCUUAAAAAACAAAACAAAAACCCAACAAACAGACACACUAGAAUAAACAACAACGAAAAAAAAAACCAUGGCCGUGGUUGAAAAUGGAGGGGUUGUUUCAAGCCGAAACUUCGAGACGCCAUCACAGGAAUCAUCCAACGGUCACGAUCAGCAGCCCAACAACAGCAAGCACACCCACGUGCGACUCAACCACAACCACCACAUCAUCAACGGUGACGGUGGUGGUGGUCCGAUUGUGAUGUCCCACCACGAUCAGGCGCUGUACAUUACUCCCACAUCGGCACAGCAGAUCGGGGCCCACCGAUCCAACGGCGGCGGUGGUGACUCAGCGACUGUCUCCGCCGUUGAGAGCUACAAUCGGGAUAUGAGAGAGUUACAAGAACUCUUCUCUAAGUUGAACCCUAUGGCUGAAGAGUUUGUGCCUCCUUCGUUAGCUAAUAACAACCAAGGUUUCAAUUUGAAUGCUGGGUUUUACCCUAACAACUUGGUAAUGCAAAGCAACAACAGAAAUGGAUUUGUUAAUGGCAGCAACACUGGCAGAAGGAAGAAGAAUUUUAAUCAAGGGAAACGAAGAAUGAAUGCCAGGACAAGUUUGGCUCAGCGAGAAGAGUCAAUUAGGAGAACUGUGUAUGUGUCUGACAUUGAUCAACAGGUCACUGAAGAACAGCUUGCAGCUCUGUUUGUCAAUUGUGGACAGGUUGUUGACUGCCGUAUAUGUGGUGACCCCAAUUCCGUACUUCGUUUUGCCUUUGUUGAGUUUACUGAUGAAGAAGGUGCAAGGGCUGCUUUAAGUCUGGGGGGGACUAUGCUUGGAUUCUACCCUGUGAAGGUGCUGCCUUCUAAAACAGCUAUUGCACCAGUUAACCCAACCUUUUUGCCUAGGACUGAAGAUGAACGUGAGAUGUGUGCGAGAACUAUCUAUUGUACAAAUAUUGACAAGAAGGUUACUCAAGCUGAUGUCAAACUCUUUUUCGAAUCAGUCUGUGGAGAGGUUUAUCGCUUGAGGCUACUUGGGGACUAUCACCAUUCCACUCGUAUUGCCUUUGUUGAGUUUGUAAUGCUUCUCCUCCGGCACCUUCUUCUUUGGAUUGGCACCACUUUUGCAGCUCCCUUCAUCCCCCACGAUUCUUCUUUUGUUGAUUGGUCGUGUUGUGUCAGACAUAGACUUAGGCCCAUGUCACUGGCUGAAAGUGCAAUUGCUGCUCUCAACUGUAGUGGUGUUGUUCUAGGUUCAUUGCCGAUUAGGGUUAGCCCAUCAAAGACACCUGUGCGCCCUCGUGCUCCUCGUCUUCCCAUGCAUUAAAUCAAUCAUCUUUGGCACCCAAGAAUGAUUUACCGUUCCAGUUUAAAUAUAUUUAAAUACACACACACAUCAUGUAAAGAUUUCCAUCUCUGGUUGUCUGUUUAAUAUAUAUACUUGUCCACUGCGGCCAUGCUAUGAUAUCUUUUGUUAUCAUAGGGUUUAUAUUUUGUUUAUUCUAGCAUAUAUAGAGUUGGAUAGAAUCUCUGAGGCUUAAAAAGAUUUCAUGUAUUUGCUCGUUAAUAUGGAUUUGGAUUUUCCGUAGAUUAAGCAAUGCUAAGAAGUUUAUUACUCAUGAAA